UCCAAUGUUACCAGAAUCUCGAGAGCGAUCAAGCCCGAGGACAGCGAGCAUCACGCCCAGAUUGUUUACUAUCAGGCAGGAAUUGGAACUGGACUUGGCCUUCGUGAUCGAUUGCUGGGAGGUGGAACUGGCUUGGGCCUCUCUGAGCAUAUAAGAGAAGCAUACUACUUCCUUGCGAAUAACUACUCGCCUGGUGACUCGAUAUUCUUGAUUGGAUUUUCCCGCGGCAGCUUCACGGCAAGAAGUGUGGGUGGACUGAUUGGAAACCUCGGUUUGCUGAAUAAGACAGGCCUGCCCUUCUUUUACGAGAUAUUCCUCGAUUGGGAGAACGCCGGCAACCCGGACUCGAAAGGAUCUUCUUUCUGGGAACACUAUCAGGACCCACUGAAUCCAGACAGAAAGAGCAUGCCCCAAACCCCGUCAAACGAUCCAGCAAGGGUGUACGAAUACCUGAAUGAGUACCGUGCCAAGAACGAGCUACGAGACGUACCAAUCAGGGCGAUUGGUGUCUGGGAAACAGUUGGAGCCCUUGGAAUACCAGUCAAUCCGUGGUUCCAGAAACACUUUGGGCUACCUGGAUUCUUGCACGAAUACAAAUGGCUCGACACAAAGCUCUCUGACAACGUAGAAAAUGCGUUCCAAGCUUUGGCAUUAGAUGAGCAUCGAGCGCCUUUUUCACCCGCCGUUUGGGAGAAGCCUGAGGGUAGUCAUACAUAUUUAAAGCAGACCUGGUUCCCAGGAGCGCACUCGAACGUUGGUGGUUCGUACGAUGAUACAGCUACAGCAGAUAUAUCGUUAGCGUGGAUGAUGGAUCAGCUCUCUGGAGAAUCACAGGACUCUACCGAUACGCCGCUGGAAAAGAAGGAUUGGAUCGAGUUCUACGACGACUACCUGGACACGCAACAAGCGCUGAACAAGGUCUGGUACGAGAGGAACCCACCGGUACGAGGUUGGUCCCUGGGCACGAUUUACAACUCCUUCACCUUUCCACAGAGUCUAGCAGGGCCAUUGAUACGGACACCUGGUCGGUACAGAGUAACAAAUCCUUUGACAGGCAUGCAGAAGCAUGGCGGGGUACUCAUGAGAGAUACGCAUGAAUUCAUCCAUGCUUCGGUUAGAGCGCGUAUGGAUCUCGGAGGG